UGACCAGGUUCCAGUUGCCCCCCCUGGUUCGGAGCUGGUUCACCAGUUGCUCGUUUUGAACGCAAUCUUUCAAGGAACACCGUGCAGUUGUCACUUUAUCCCACACUUGAGUGUGACGAGAUAUCGCCAAGUGACUUGUCGUGGUGACGCAGAGCCACGACAACUUUGUGCGGCUGCGCAUCUGGCAUUUAAGGGAUGUCCCGUCUGCCUCAGUGAAUCCCCAUGGCCGUUCCAACCACUCAACAUUGCCCUUUCAUUGGCGUAGCCCAGACACCCCUUCUCUUAAUUCCGGGAUAUUUUGGAAUAUUCACCCGAGCUUCUCGACAUCUUGGUUGUGCAUAGGACACAUCCGAACACUGGAAGUUGACAGUUAAGUCACGGGACAAUUCGAGCUCAGUGGUCAUAACGGUGUCCGCUGCCGGUGCUUAAGGGGCUCGGCAUUCUUCCGGUGGGAAAGUGUUCGUCUCGCAUCCAACGCCGUGCCAUCCUACAUGGACGAUGUCGGACGGCCGGCCUUAGAGCGACAUCCUUGCGCUAGCGAUGGCCACAGACAAGGCUCAGCCCCUCCUUCAGCUCCAGGAGGUGGACUCCAGUCGAGUGGGCUGUCGCAUCCUCUCCCCCAUCCACAGCGCCUCCUCCCCGGGUCUGUCCCUCGAAAGCAGCCAGCCCAUCUGUAUCCCCUCCCCUUACACCGACCUCAGCCAUGACUUUGCCACCAUCCCUUUCUACAGUCCAACUAUCUUCUACACUGGGCCGGGACUUUCGGACUGCUCGCCUGUGCACCAGUCCCUAAGGCCCUCUUUAUUCUGGGCCGGCCAGGGCCACAUGGGCCCGCCCGGACCGCUGCAUCCCUCCCAGGCACGCCCUCAGCAGAGUCAGCCUAUCCAAAGUCCGUGGGCGGAGCUGUCACCGGGGGGCUGCGAGUUGACUGCCAGCAAGCGCAGGCGCUCCCAGGAGAGCGAGGAGCUGGUGGUGUCAUCGGGUGGGAAAGCAGACCUCCACUUCUGUGCCGUUUGCCAGGAUUACGCCUCUGGCUACCAUUAUGGCGUCUGGUCUUGUGAAGGCUGUAAGGCCUUCUUCAAGAGGAGCAUUCAAGGCCACAAUGACUACAUCUGCCCGGCGACCAAUCAGUGCACCAUAGACAAGAACCGUCGCAAGAGCUGCCAGGCGUGCCGCCUGCGCAAAUGCUACGAAGCUGGCAUGACCAAAUGCGGCAUGCGCAAGGAGCGCGGAAACUACCGGAACCAGCAGAGGCGGCGAGUGAGUUUGUCCUCACACAGCAAGACUCACGGAGCCAAGGCGUUAACCGAACCGGCGGCUGUUUCCGAGCUCCACCCGCCCGCGUUGACCCCGGAGCAGAUCAUCCAGCAAAUAAUGGAGGCGGAGCCGCCUGAAAUCUACCUGAUGAAGGAUAUGAGGAGGCCGCUCACCGAAGCCAACGUGAUGAUGUCUCUGACCAACCUCGCUGAUAAGGAGCUGGUUCACAUGAUCAGCUGGGCCAAGAAGAUCCCAGGGUUUGUGGAGCUCAGUCUUCUGGACCAGGUGCACAUGUUGGAGUGCUGUUGGCUGGAGGUGCUCAUGAUAGGACUGAUGUGGAGGUCGGUCAACCACCCGGGGAAACUCAUUUUCUCUCCUGACCUCAGUCUGAGCAGGGAAGAGGGCAGCUGCGUCCAGGGCUUCGUGGAGAUCUUUGACAUGCUCGUAGCCGCCACAUCCAGGGUGAGAGAACUCAAGCUGCAGAGGGAGGAGUUUGUCUGCCUCAAGGCCAUGAUCCUCCUUAACUCCAACAUGUGCCUCACCUCUUCUGAGGGCAGCGAUGAGCUGCAGAGCCGCUCCAAGCUGCUGCGCCUUCUCGACGCCGUGACCGACGCCCUCGUGUGGGCCAUCGCCAAAACGGGCCUGACGUUCCGCCAGCAGUACACCCGCUUGGCCCACUUACUCAUGCUGCUCUCGCAUAUCCGACACGUCAGCAACAAGGGCAUGGAUCAUCUCCACUGCAUGAAAAUGAAGAACAUGGUGCCUUUGUAUGACUUGCUGCUGGAGAUGUUGGAUGCCCACAUCAUGCACAGCUCCCGGCUACCCAGCAGGGCUCCGCAGCAGGAGUCCUCAGAGAAGCAGGAUGUUCCUGCCAAGCACGAGGAUUCCACCAGCGCCUCCUCGGAUAGCUGCACGACCAGAGGUGAUGCCCCGUAGCCAUCCAGUCACGUCUUGGCUUUGAAACGCAUUCACAUGCCAUGAUUUCUAACACUUUGCCUAAAAGUUGGUUCGAGUAAAGAAGUAAAAAAUAAAUAAAAUAAAAAGACUGUGAUGAGAUGUUUUGAAAUUCAGUCAUUUGAAUGUAGAAGCUCAUGAUUUUCUUUGCACAACAAUUUCACAUCUUUCAAAAAUGUUAACUCGUGCAGUACUGUAUUCAUUGCCUUACCGCAUCAAGGCCUAUAAGUACCACCCGUAACUCAGUUAGGUGGCAACUGGCUCAAUUGUAAAAAGAUAAUCGAAUUUCAGCAAUGGAAAAGAGACGAAAACAACUUGCUGUUUACUUAACUCACAUUUGUGUACCAAAUUGGUCCAUGCCGGUGAUCUCUCUCUCUCUCUCUGAGAUACUUUUUAUUCUGAGCCGCCUCCUGAGUUAGCCUGAUUGAUCUUUGCUGUUGCUGUGCUCUUUCGUGUUUAUAGCUAACCACUAGCGCCCUCUCGACGUUGAAAACUUUACCUGAAGGUAGUGCCUUAAAUCCUACUAUUUGGAUAAAGGGAAUAAAAGGGCACCGGAAAUCUCCAACAUUUGCCUUAGCUAAUAAUUCAGGCCAGUUUACAAACUAGAUGAUCAAUUUCUAUGUUCACAAAAAAAAAAAGUAUGGGACCAGAUACACAAACUAGAGGAAAUGACGAUGAUGUAUUUAUUUAUUUUAAAAUUACGCCUGCCUGUGUCCUGAGCCCAAGACAAGAUUGACAGAAUCCACAAAAUGUGCUUGCGCAACAUUCAAUUGGUUGCGGUUAAAAUGGCACAUCAAAAGAACAGGCAGGAUUAACGCACGUUAAAACAUUAUUUCUUUGGGGUCGUAUAAAAGUGUGGAUGGAGAUUCCCGACCAAAGCCAGUAUUCAAAGUGCCUGUCGGAUUGUCCUAAUAGCCAGCAGAGGGCGUCCUCAUUAAUCGCAGCAUACAUAGGGUCUCAAUUAUGACUCAUUCAAUGGCAUAGGUAGACAUUGUCUGGCCGAAGAUAUCCGUCCUAUUGGCCGCGGCAGGAGUUUUAAAUGCAAUACAGCAAGGGGAGCCAGACUAGUUUUACCGGCAGUUGAAAGGAUGCCAAACGGGAGCCUACCGUUCAAGGUCAACACUGGUGUACCAAGUGAGGCACGGUAGCAGACAGCUCAACCGGUCAACAAAACCACCAAUUUCCCCAAAGUGGGACAAACAAAGGGUAUCUUAUCUUAAUUUCCAUCAAAACUUUAAUUCAGAUUGACAAUACUUUUUUCAGUUUGUCACUGUCCAACAAAAAGGGUAAAAAAAUGUGUACUUUUGUUUUGAGUAGAGGAAAAAAAAUGGAGGUUAUGUUAAAAAAGUGUGUGUCUGGGGAGGGGGGGUUGUUUGAUUUUUUUUUUUUUUGUUGGUCAGGUUUAUAACCACAAUUGUAUUUCUGGCAAAGUUGCACUUACCUGUUAAAAUUUUGAUUGAGGGGGGGGGGAAAACUAUUUUUGUAUCCUCUUGUAGCUUUUGCUAUUUGUAUGCUUUGUUAAAAUAAUGAAAUGUUCACUGAAUGUUUUGUGAAAGAGAAAGGGGGAAGAGAAAAAAAAAAUCAAGGUUGCAAAUAUGUACCAGUUCAGCCUGUCUGCUUUGUGCUAUUUUAGCAUGAAUUUUCACCACGUCAUAUUUGGUGUUCGCUUACUUAACCGCCAUGCUUCAAUAAGUAACAUUUUAAAGUGAAAAGACAGCCGGCCAACGUGUUAAUCAUGAAAUCAUCUCGCAAAACACUCUUUGUUGUACAGUACCAAUAGCUGUGUGAAGAAGGGGGUUCUUUGCACGAUCAUCGCCUUAUUUGACGUAAAAUAAGCGACAGGUGACACAGAUACUGGUCAUGUUAUUGAUGUUCAGAAAUGUAAACUUGGAAUGCACAUGAGUACACUUAGACAAUAAAUGAUUGUGUCAUUGGCAAAACAUGAUUUCAUUGUAA